AUGGAUUAUCACGGAAGAGACGCUUUAGUCGGAAAAGAGAACGUUGUUGAUUACAAAGGAAUAGACGCAGGAAGCCCAUCAAGUGCUGACAAGGUGAUGUUUCCAGUGAGCGAACACAAGGAAAUAGCUUCUGAUAUUCCAGUGGUGUACCGUACAGGAAACUUACAUAAUACUGGUAUCCAAUCCAAGCUCUUCUCCGCCGAUAUAAAAAGCCCCGACACAGAACAACACAACAUUACAUGUCCGGCCAGCAAACCAUCCACUAUGCAGUCGAGAAGCAAGCCUUAUCUAUCCGAAGAAGUGAAGCCGCCAUUUUCGUACAUUGCUCUGAUUGCAAUGGCCAUCGAUAGUUCCCCAUACCGCAUGAGGACACUGAACGAGAUCUAUGAGUUCAUUAUGAUGCGUUUCCCGUAUUUUCGCAGGAAUCAGCAGAAAUGGCAGAAUUCUAUUCGCCACAACCUUUCUCUGAAUGACUGCUUCAUAAAAGUUCCUCGCAGCUACUUUGGCAAGCCAGGAAAGGGGAACUACUGGACCCUGCAUCCCGGAUCAGGAGACAUGUUUGGAAGUGGUAGCUUUCUGCGCAGAGCGAAGAGAUUUAAAUGCCGCCCUCCGCAGAAGCCCAACGAGCCUGCUUUUGUGUGCAAAGUGAACUCCAAUCACCAUUUUAAUCUCUUCGUUGACGGAGUGAACCAACACAUUCGGAGCUUCGUUCAAAUGCAGCCAGCCCACCUGAGCGCUAUUCCGCAAAGAAUCAACACGGUACCUCCGUGCGUUGCGAGUUCAAUUCAGCUCCAACUAACUGCCGCACAUGGCGUUAUUCGUCCAACUGCGCGUUAUGGAUCUUUAGAGAUCCCGCAAGAACAUUUUGGAGCUUUUCAGCCAGUUCCUCAGGCCUCAAAAGCCCGACGGCGAGGUUUCAUGAUUAGAGAGCUUAUUGAACAAGGAAAAAGAGAACUAGAAGAUCCUUCAGACGACGAAGAUGCCAGUGUUUGUGAGCCUUCUAAAAAGAAAGCGCGAUAUGAGUGA